AUUCUCGUAAUUAAAACCAAAACAACGUCCUAACAAUUUUACGCGGUAUAUACACACACAAAUGUAAAAACGCGGUCUUUUAACUCAGCUUACUUUCUUAGAUGUUUCCAAUGGCGUUUUUUGCCUCUUACGAAAAAAUAAAAACUUCACUUCACAAAUCAGAAUCUCUUCUCUAAUUCCAACAGAAUUUCUCAGAUCUCCUUUGAAUACUUUUACUUUGUUUUUUAUUAUUAUAUAACUAGUCAUUCAUCUGCUUCUUUUUUUUCGCUUUUUCACUUUUUUUUAUUUUCAUCACUUUCCAUCUUUUUUUUUUGUGCUGUAAAUGAUGGCUGUACUGCCCGGAGAUAAUCCGAUCGCUGCUAUUCCGGUGGAUAAACAGAUGGGUAUACCGCCGUUAAAUUCUCUGCCGGUAGGGUAUCGUUUUCGGCCGACGGAUGAGGAGCUUGUUAAUCACUAUUUGAGGUUGAAGAUUAACGGUGCUGAUAGUCAAGUUAGCGUUAUUCGUGAAGUUGAUAUAUGUAAACUCGAGCCCUGGGACUUACCUGAUAUGUCUGUGGUAGAGUCCAAUGACAACGAGUGGUUCUUCUUCUGCCCAAAGGAUCGUAAGUACCAAAAUGGGCAGCGAUUGAACCGAGCAACAGAACGAGGCUACUGGAAAGCUACUGGUAAAGAUAGGAACAUAACAACUAAGAAGGGAGCAAAAAUUGGGAUGAAGAAGACCUUGGUAUACUACAUUGGUCGAGCUCCUGAUGGCAAGAGGACUCAUUGGGUGAUUCAUGAAUAUCGUGCAACUGAAAAGUCAUUGGAUGGAUCACACCCUGGCCAGGGGGCCUUUGUGCUUUGUCGUCUGUUUAGGAAGAGUGAUUUGAAGCAGGAUGAGCAUGUUGAGAACUCCAAUUUAGAUGCUGAACAGAAUGCUUCAGCUGCCAAAUCACCUACCGAAGAUGAAUUAUCAGAGGGAGCCACUCCAUUAACAGUCGUACAACCUUUAGGUGAUAGUGAUAAAAGCUAUGCAGCAACGUUUCCCAAAACCAAGUUGUAUGGCAAACAAAUACCUGUUGAGAGUCACAGCCAUAGCUGUAUUGCUGAUGACACUGAAGAUCAAAUGUUGGACAUAACAUCCAUACCGCCGGCUCAGGAUCUAGAAAAAGAGUUGGGAAAUUUUUGUGACCCGUCGUCGCAGCCGCUAGAUUGGAAGAUCUUCUCCCCAUUGCACUCACAGUUGCAGGUGGAACUUGGGUCUUCCUAUUUGCAAGCCCCCAUGAAUAAUGAUAUAUCUGCUUACCCAAAAGAAGAUGUCCAGUUUCAGUAUGGAACAAAUGCUCUUGAUAUUAAUGACUUUCUGGACUCAGUAUUCGUUGGUUCAGAUGAGUUUUCAUGUGAAGAUUCUGGACAAGAAUUGGCUUCACAUCAAAUCGACACAAAAAAUUGCAGCAUAACUGGACCGAUGAUUAAGGACUCUGGAUCAUGUAGUGAGUCAGAAGCAGAAGUUACCCAAAGGCUGGCUGAGCCAGACUUCUUUGAUCCUGAGAUGCUGUGGGGCAAUUAUGAUCAAGAGACUGCAGUUAAGAAUGAGGUUAAUUCCAUUGCAGCUACAAUGCUAGAGGCUCGUGGUGCCCCUUAUGUUAGCACUGAUCAUGCUGUAGGAAAUUCAGGUUUCCUUCAGAAUACCUACCCUGGACAUUAUGGUCAUCCUGUUAGUUUUGGUGCAAGCCAGGUCCCGAACUUCUUAAAAGAUGGUUUCAACAGUGUAGUAAGCAAUGAUUCUGGUUCAGGAACUGGAAUAAAACUCAGGCCAAGGCCAAUGCAUAAUCAACCUGAUGACAUGCAGUCUAGACCACAAGGAACUGCUCCCAGAAGAAUACGUCUCCAAAUGAAAAUGCAAGUUGGACCAGUUGAGUGUUGCACGCGUCCUGAUUCUAGUCAGGAGGCAGGGAGUCAUCAAGCAGUAACAGACGGUGAGAAAGCCUCUGAUGAACAUAAUCCUACCGCCAGUGAUACAACACAUGAAGAAUACGAGGGAGUUAGUGGGGAGGUUGAUGACUUGAGCACUCGAGUGAAAGAUGCAGAUGAUUCUCCUGUUCAAGAAAGUCUUGAUGAGCCCUUGAAGACCGUUACAAAGCUCUCAAGUUCAUCACACAUUUACAUGACCAAGUUUCUUGUGGUUGCAAGUCUUCUUGUGGUCUUUAUUGGUGUCUGGGGUUGCAUUAGACUGUAUGUGUAGUGUGCGUCAGCUACCUUACCUGUAUUUAUAGAUUCCCAAUAUAUGAUGGGUACGUGUUUGGGGUAGCAUGAACAGACUGUUCUUGAAUUUUCCUUGUAUGUUUAUUGUAGCAGGAACCUGAGUUGAGACAUUAGAGGUUGCUAGUGUAUAUUUUGAAGCGCUUGCUCGUUUUGUA